AUGGAACGUGUCCUGCAGUGCCUCAAAGCCCCAGAAGCUGCUGCCUUCAGAUCGGUCCUUGGCACAGCCAUCGUGUCCCUGUGGGUGUUCGUCUUGAGAAAAAGGAAUGGGAAGGCCAUCGCCGUGCUGGCGUACAGCGCUGCAGGGGGGAUGUGCGAGAACUUCAACGCAGCCACGCGUCAGGGCGGACUCUCCCACCAGCACUACCUGCAGUCGUACCGCUUCAAGGCGCUGCACUUCCUCCUGACCCAGGCGCUGCAGGCUCUGCGGGUAUCCCAGCCCUACUGCUACGUCGUCUAUCGCGGUGUUGGGGGCAUCCGCUUCACAGCCCAAAGAGGGAUGGCUGUGCGCUUCGGCCAGUUCACCUCCACCUCCCUAAGGAAGGAGGUUGCAGUGAAGUUUGGCCAGGCCACCUUCUUUGUGAUUAAGACCUGCCAUGGUGCCCCCAUCAAGCAGUUCUCCUUCUACCCCGCUGAGGAUGAAGUCCUCAUCCCACCCUUUGAAGUCUUUGAGGUCACCAACUUCUCCAUUGUCAAUGGCAGAACCCAAAUCCAUCUCCGCUCUAAGGGGAAGGAGAGUAAACACAACUGUGAGCUUCUAAAGCGUCCGUGUGGGCAGUGGGGUCGGGGCCACCUGGAGGUGGGGUUGGGGCUCAGCCGUGGGUUGCCUUUGCCCCUGCCCUGCCCCAGACGUGUCCAAGGGGGAUCAGGGCACAGAGAGGGUGACCCCCAUCCCAGCAGCUCUGGAAACAAAGGAAUAGAGAUUUAG